AUGGGUGUUGUAAAUCCGAAGAAGAGAAUCGAAGAGUUCAUCGACCCAGAAGCAGAAAUCACAUUCUACGACCGUUUCUACAACUGGGAACUGGCGGCUGGCUCCUACUUGGUAAAGAACACCAACUGGUCAAGAGAUUUUCUUGAAGGUUUCGCUGACUAUGAGUUCCGCUUGCCGAACAGCUUCCAUGGAACAGACAACGGUGCGCUUCAUGCGUAUCUUGCUGAAGUCAUUUUGCCUACUCGCGGCGUCGAUUUGGCAAUUUGCCUUUGGAUUUGGAAAAAUUCAAAAGGAUAUGGAGACCUAUUUACAUUUGAGGCCUGUAUAAGGGACUUACUGGGAAACGCCACAACCUUCGGGAAGAUCAAAUUUUUGCGCAAGGGAACCGCAUGGGCUCGUGAUAACUGGAUGACAAACAGCAAGUGGAAUAACGAACGGGACUUUAUUAUACAUAACUGGAAAUUGACACAGCUGCGAACCUACUCUAAGAAGCCGAUACCGUACAUGAGUUUUCGUAACAUUUGA